AACCUUAAAUUUAGGUACACACCUAAUUAAAUAUUUAUUUUGCUCAACUCAAUUCUACCUAACACUUACAAAUGAAGUAUAAAUGUUGCCAACACGCCCAUUCGGCCAGACGUAACGACGGAAAGUUGGCAGUUAUCUGUUUGCGCCUGGAUCCAAGCAACUGGCCGGAUUUAUUCCGAAAACAAAAGUUUACUUAUCUAAUCGUUGCCAGGCGUUUUCAGGUCAUAAAUCCCGGCUAGGCGUUCACUUGCAUCGUCACAGAACUGGAAAACGACCAAACAAUGACGGAGGAAAGAUUGCACAUUGAUUGGGGUAACGAGAAGCUGGUCAGGACUCAAAAACAAGUUGAGAGGAACCCAUAUGAUUUGGAGGCAUGGUCGAUUUUGUUACGGGAGGCACAGUCCAAACACAUUUCCGAAGUCAGGGCUUUGUAUGAACAUCUCAUUGGCAUAUUCCCCAGUGCCUCGAGAUACUGGAGGAUAUACAUAGAACAUGAAAUGAAGAGCAGGAAUUUCGAAAGGGUGGAGAAGCUUUUCCAGCGAUGUUUGAUGAAAAUUUUAAACAUAGAACUAUGGAAAUUGUACCUGACUUACGUGAAGGAAACGAAAGCCUCCCUUCCCACCUACAAGGAAAAGAUGGCACAAGCCUACGACUUCGCCCUGGACAAAAUCGGAAUGGACAUCCACUCGUACAACAUCUGGAACGACUACGUGAACUUCCUGAAGAGUGUCGAGGCCGUAGGUUCGUACGCGGAAAAUCAAAAAAUAUCAGCCGUGCGUAAGGUGUACCAGAAGGGUAUUAUAAAUCCGAUGACGGGUAUGGAGACGUUUUGGAAGGAGUACAUCGCGUUCGAAACCGCCAUAAAUCCAAUCAUAGCGGAGAAGAUGAGCAUUGAACGGAGCAGGGAUUAUAUGAACGCCAGGAGGGUUGCUAAAGAGUUGGAGGUGCAGAUUAGGGGCAUCAACAGGAACGCUCCCAGCGUUCCUCCAAACGGCAGUCCUGAGGAACGAAAACAGGUGGAGCUGUGGCAGAAAUACAUUGCGUGGGAGAAGAGCAACCCGCUGAGGACCGAGGACACGGCCCUCCUAACAAAACGGGUGGUCUUCGCCCUGGAACAAUGUCUACUGUGUCUCGGACACCAUCCGGACAUCUGGUACCAGGCCGCCCAGUUUCUGGAAUACAGCUGCAAAAUAUUGGCCGAGAAGGGGGACGUGAACGCCUCCAAGUUGUUCAGCGAGGAGGCCGCCAACAUGUUCGAACGUGCCACCAGCUCGUUGCUGAGCAAAAACAUGCUUCUGUACUUCGCCUACGCCGACUACGAGGAGGGCAGGCUCAAGUACGAGAAGGUCCAUCAGAUUUACCAGAAGUAUCUGGACAUCAAAGACAUCGAUCCCACUUUAGCUUACAUCCAAUACAUGAAGUUCGCCAGACGAGCAGAAGGUAUAAAAUCAGCUCGGGGCGUUUUUAAAAGGGCCCGCGAAGAUUCCAGAUCGAAGUACCAUAUAUUCGUGUGCGCGGCCUUGAUGGAGUACUACUGUAGCAAGGACAAGAACAUCGCCUUCAGGAUUUUUGAGCUGGGACUGAAAAAAUUCGGUGACAUACCCGAGUACAUCACUUGUUACAUUGAUUAUUUGUCGCACUUGAACGAGGACAACAACACCCGGGUGUUGUUCGAAAGAGUUUUGUCCUCGGGCAGUUUGGAGAACGAAAAAUCAGUGGACAUUUGGAACCGUUUUUUGGAGUUCGAGAGCAACAUUGGAGACCUACAGAGUAUUGUGAAGGUGGAAAAGCGACGCUCAGAAGUACUGUCCAGGAUAAAGGAGUUUGAAGGCAAGGAAACAGCUCAACUGGUUGACAGAUACCGUUUCAUUGACCUGUUUCCUUGUUCCCCGCAGGAAUUGAAGAGUAUAGGGUACACAGAGGUGAUCAACAUAACAGGUGCAGCAGGCAAAAACCACAUCCUACAGUCGAUAAUCAACGUGGAGACGGAACAACCACUUCCAGUACCCGACUACGCACAAAUGAUCCCCUACAAACCCAAAACAAAUCCUUUACCUGGCGAGCAUCCGGUUCCGGGUGGCAGUUUUCCAAUGCCCCCGGCCGCCGCACAUCUCUGUACCUUGUUACCACCACCUACUUGUUUCAGGGGUCCGUUCGUCCACCUGGACACGCUCAUGGAUAUUUUUGGUAGGAUACAUCUUCCGGAAACAGUUCCUUUGCCUUCAGAAGCUGGUGAUAUAAGACUGUUCGAUCUGGCGAAGUCGGUUCACUGGAUCGUUGAAGAGGGAGGCGGUAUCAAGCGCAGGAAACGCAUCGGUCUGUCGCUGGACGGCUCGGACGACGAGGACAUGCCGCUGCCGCCCACGAACGACAUUUACAGACAGAGACAGCAGAAGCGCGUUAAAGGAUAUGAAGAAGACUAUGAAUUUGUAUUUUGAUUUAUCAUAUGUAGUCGAACGUUGACACGCUCGAAAAUCUUUAUACCAACAUAUAUUGUUUAUUGUGUAAUUGAUCGAAUGAAUUUUUAUAUACAAGUCUAGGUUUUAAUAAAAUGUUUAAAAACCA